AUGAAGCUCACUCUCGGGCUCACUGCGGCCCUGGCUGGCUGCGCGGCCGCCGCGCAGCAGGCCGCCCACGUCUACAUGUUCCGUGGCGACGCUGAUAGCCACCAAACGACCGCGACACCCUCCAUCACACCCAGCCUAGCGCGCUUGAUCCUCCUGCAACGAUUGUCGCCGUUGGGGAAGGGACCCUCAGUCGCAGAGAUACCGGAGAACGUCGAUGACAAGACCGUGGUGGAUUUGAUGAACCAAUUCGGCGGACCGAGCGAAACCCUCUUCGAAGACGACACAACGACGCCCAGCCAGGCCCUCGUCUUGAUUGAGGGGCUCACAGAUGGCGAGAUGAAGGAGAUGGAUGGAAAGUUUGGCAUGGGUGCCGCCUUCACAAUCUCAGCGCCCCCUUCGACAUCGGCGCACGAUAGCCUUCUCAAGAACGACAUAUACAACACUGGCGUUGCUAGCCAACACAGCUGCAGCAUUUCCCAGGUCUUGAACCCCUUUGCGAAGGAAUGUUGGAGCGAAAGCGCCGCUGUAGCAAAAUACAAUGUUCAAAAGGACAAGCAAGUUUUGAAGGAACUGUUUGAUCGAGCAUCCGAUCUUGCAAAGCUUGCCGCAGCGGGCGAGAUGGAGACCACUGUGGUCGUCCUGCCCGCCUCUGGCAAGGCCGCCAAGUGGGCAGAGGAGAGCCAGGAGCUGCGCCGCCGGCAGUCGCAGGCUGAGCAGGUCAUCUCUGCCGUCGAGCACCCUGCCGAGUCGGAUGCCCCCGACGCCGAGACCUCGGAAAACAAGCAGGACACCGUCUUCUACCCUGGCAGGGAGGCACUUCCGGCGUGUUUCGGAUCCAAAGAUAGCUGCACCACGAGCACGGGCAACUGCUCCGGCCGCGGCGAAUGCUCGAACAAGUACGCGAACAGGGACGGCUCAGAUGGCAAGGAGGUCUGCUACACCUGCCACUGCCUCAGCACGGCGAGCGACUCUGGCAGUGUGACGCACUGGGCCGGUCCCACGUGCGCCAAGAAGGACGUCAGCACUGCCUUCUGGCUGUUUGCCGGCUUCACUCUCCUCAUGGUCAGCAUCCUGACCCUGUCAAUCUCCAUGCUUUUCAACGUUGGGGAGGAGAAGCUGCCCGGUGUCAUUGGAGCUGGUGUGUCCAAGUCCAAUCUCUCCCACCCGCUAGACGCAGCCGCUACCAAAUCGCCCGAGAACCAGCUCGUGCAGCGACCGUCAACGGCAAAAUGGGGAGCCGCAUGUGCCUCCUGCGCGACGGCCAAAGCCAAGUGCAUCCGAUCCAACCCACAGCCUGGCGCCAAAUGUGACAGAUGUGAGCGACUGUUCAAGGACUGUGCAGCGCAAUUGCAUCGUCCCCGCAAGAAGAGGGUGGCCAAACCAUCUAAAGCGGUGCAGCUAGAGAACAAGCUGAACGAUCUGUACUCCCUAUUCAAGAAUGGGGAGCUGAAGAACGGAGAAGUUGGUGCGGACAGGCUGGGCACGCUGCUGGACCCAGGCGUUUCUGCUACUCCACGCAAGCCAUCUGCCUCCCCGGUGGACAGCGACAGAGCCUGGACGGUACCAAAGGAGUAUAACUCCCGUUCUCCGCCGUCAUGUAUCUGUCGGCUUGAUGGCGGCGAUGUGCCUCCAAUUCCAGACUCCGACGAGGCCCUCCUGGACAUCUACCGUCGCGAGCUGGUGCCAGCCCACCCUUUUGUGGUCGUACCAGCUACCACAUCGGCGGCCCAGCUUAAGAACGAAAGAUCCUUCCUCAUGUCGGCCAUCAGGAUGGUUGCCUCCUUCCGAAAUCUGCGCUCGAUGAAGGCGCAGAUGUACUGUCUCAUGCAACAAAUUUCGGAGAGGAUGCUUAUUCAGUCAGAGCGGUCGCUCGAUCUGUUGCUGGGAAUCAUUGUCAUCAUUGGGUAUUACCAAUACCAUUGCUUCACGCACGCCCAACUCAGCAACCUGAUCAUGCUGGCACAGGCGUUGGCUGGAGAUCUUGGACUGAAGAGUAUGCCCACCAGAAGCGAAAGGUCGAUGUUGAUGAUGGUCAAGCCACUGGAUGUACAACCUCGAACAAACGAAGAAAGGCGAGCGUUGGCCGGCGUCUGGUUUCUCUCUUCUGCACUCGCCCUGGGUUUCGGCAAGACCGAGUCCAUGUGCUACAGUCGGUACCUUGAUCAGUGUGUCCAGGAACUUGCCACUGGGUUGGAAUAUGAGACGGAUCUGAUGCUCGUGAACCUGGUUCGCGUUCAGUACUUGAGCAAUCGCAUCUCGAGAUUCAAUGUCCAAGAUCACAGCACAGACGAGAUGCCAUUAUUCUCGACAGCGCAAGUCAGCCGAACUAGCUAUGUGGCUGCCUUUCAGGCAGAGCUCGACGAACUGCGGCAGAAUCUGCCCCCGGACCUCAAGAUCAACAUAAUAUUACGAGCCCACAUCAACUCGGCGGUGCUGCGUCUCUACGCGCCCCCUAUCGUUGACAGCAAUCUCGUCCACCAGAUGACAGAGUGCCUCACGACACCUCCAGACGGAGGCUGCUCGCCUCUUGAAGAGCUGUACCGAUCCCGAAAUGCACUCAUCGACUGGUUCGACAAUUGGCUCGCUAUACCAACAUCAGCAUAUUACUGCCAGACGACAGCUACAUGCUCACUCAUCGUGCAUGCCUGCUCCAUGCUCGGACGGUGGGCAAAGCUGAUAGCGCCCACGAAAACACACAACAUUGACACUGAUCUCUCGCAUGAGGAUCUCCACGAGGAUUGUCAUAGCUCUCCUACCCCUAAAGAUCCCAGCCGUGGCACAACUUCGACCCUGACGCCGGCGUCUUCCGACUCGUCUGCGGAGAAGGAGCCCUGCGAACACAGCCAUCCACUUAGACAAGAACACUCGGAUCCCUUAUUACCGGUUGCCGUGGUCAAUCUGCAAUCGCGUCUGAAGCGCCAGUCCGGGCUUCACAUAGACGUGCCUAGAAUUAUCUGUACACUACAGACUCGCUUCAAGCAAGUCAGUAAAACCUUGCAAUCGCGCUCCGUCGAACGAGCCGGAGCAGAUGAGCCCAACAUCUGGGGCAUGUCAGCGGCCAAGAUGCUCAUCUUGCGCACGAAGCUCGAGCAAUGGGCCGACCUGGUGGUAGCGGGGACAGAGGCACUGAGUUUGGAAUAUGGGGGCCCACACGAUGCGGUUAUGGGCGAUGUGGGAGGGAACCUGAUCAUGAACAAUGCGUUCGCAGGGGACAUGCAUGUGCCGGACUUUGAUUUUGGUCCUGACGCAUUGGGGGAUCCUAGUGGAUGGCUGAUGGAUAUGUGUGCCAUUGGAGAAGGAGGUGUAGACCUUUUCGACGGGAAUGGCCUGGACUGGGGCCCGAUGGUGAUGAACUCGAUGGGGUCCGUGGAGCAUGGGAGGCAGGAUGAGGGGCCGCUAUACCAACUCUGA